AUGCGGUCUGAUAUUCUCUUCUCCUCAGCGCUUGUCGUUCUUUUAUCUUCCAUCGCUGUUGCUGGCCCAAUAGAUUCACAGGCAGAGCCUCAACAUGAUAUUAAACGAAACUUUCUUGGUCUAGGUGCUCUUUUUGGGGGCACUGAUGACUCUGGAGGAGACGUGGGAGCGAAGGGUGUUGUGACAAGCACACUCCCGACACCAUCACCUGCAAAGGCCACGAUUCUCACGAGCACAAUACUGGAAUCUGCUGCAAAAGCCACCAGUACAAGCACGGUCCAAGCACCGCCUCCUCCUGCCAUCACAUCGUGCCUUCCACCUUCGACCGUCACUGUUACUGAGACAGUAACCUCCAUAUCUACUGUUACGGUUCAGCCUCCCGCUGUAGCUCAAACUGAGACAAGCACAUCAGUUGUAGUAGCUGCUAGUGCUGCUCCGCCUCCACCAUCAACGGGCAAUACUGGAGCUGGUUCAUCAAAUUCCGGAUCGUCUUCAUCCAGUUCCUCUUCUUCAGGAUCGUCAUCUGGAUCAUCUUCCGGAUCCAAUGGAGCAAAUGGAGUAGCACCUCCCGUUGUCAGUCCAGCUCAACCUCCCCCACCAGAGGCAAGUCCACCUUCAACGGGCUCUGGAUCAACAAGUGGAAGUUCCGGCUCAAGCGAAUCCUCAGGAUCAGCCGGAUCAAGUGGAUCUUCAGAUAGCUCUGGAAACGGAAACACCGGCUCAUCAUCUUCGUCAAGUUCUUCAUCAAGCAGUUCAUCAUCUUCGUCCUCGUCAUCCUCGGUUCAGGUCAUCAUCAUCCAACUCAUUCAACCAGGAACCACGACCACGAUCAUCGAACAACAAGCUGGGCAAAUGGUUACUUCUACCGUCACUACUCCACCACUGACCGUCACCUCCACGGUCACCUUGACGCAAGGAGCAAGUGCAACUGCCCUGGCAGGACUCAGCAACGGAACUGCGACGGUUAUCAGCAACACAACGGUUAGUAGCAACAGCACGUCUUCAAUAAGCGGCCAAGCAUCACUCAACGGGACCGCUUCAGCAACAAAUGGCACCGCCUCUGCCAAGAAACCAAAGCAUCCAAAGGUAGCAGGAAACAGCACAGAAUCCGCUCGCCCAGCAGGAACCGGCAAAGCGGGAAAGAUGCCACCACCACCAAAAACGGCCGGCAAUGGCACGAAACCCGCACCUCCAAUGGGAACAGGCAAACCGGCCAAUAAUCCGCCAAAAGCGGCGGGAAAUGAAACGAAACCUGCUCCUCCGAUGGGUACUGGGAAAGCUGGCAACAAAGAUCCUCCUCCUCCUCCGGCUGCAGCGAAUGUGACAGCUGCACCGCCGCCGCCAGCAGACAAUGGCACAAAACUUCCUCCGCAAGGUGCUGCGAAUGUGACGGCGCCUCCUCCUCCGCCACCACCUAAUGCAGGGACGGCUCCUCCUCCAGCGGCUUUGAACGGCACUGCUCCUGACGCCGGAAAAUCUGCUCCUCCGAGCCCACCUGUGGCAUAG